AUGACGCUAAGGGCAAAGAUCGCUCGCGUACAACAGAUCUGCACAAGCUAUCGUCGGAGGGUGAUACAAUCCUGCGAUGAUGGAAAUCCUCAAGGAAGUGAGGAAGAGAAGACCUGCAAGGUUGGCGAGGAGUCAACGCAAGCAAGUAAAAAGCCACAAGAUGUGGUCACCUAUGUAUACGACAGUGAGUUGGGACAACAGGUGCAAGGUUGGGCUUGUGAAUACAACAUGUGUCCGGGCCCAUUGGGACCCUCUGUGACACCCCAAGGAGAUGGGGUUAAGGCUGAUCACCUCAUUCGGUGUGUAUUGACUCAGAAGGUCACACGCCAAAGGGCUCAGCAGGCGGUCCUGAACGAAGCACCACGGCAGGAACCCUCAGAGGGCCUGCGGCAGUUGGUAGCAGCUGCCCAGAUAGAAGAUGCCUUCUGUAUGCGGGUAGACAAGGACCUCAGCGAAGGAGACUCUACAAGACUGCACUAUGGCCGUACAAGUGAUGGAGUGUUACUGUACAAGGGCCGGAUACUGGUCCCUAACUAA